AUGGCUGACAGGAGCACGCCGCAGGCGGAGCACGAUCCUCCGAACUCCCACGCCUCAUACCAUCACUACCACGAUCCGACCGGAGAUCUAUUCUGGCCUGAGCCUGUCGACCACUCCGAGCAGUCGCAGCCAGAACCGCAGUUCCACUCUCAACAUCCGCCUCUGAAACAGAAUGUUAUCAAGAGACGUCCCGUCGAGCCCAUAACACCCCAUUCUCCUCCGCCGACCGCUGCUCUCUCACCUGUUGUCCCGUCUCCGCUGCGCAUUCGCAAGCCCAAGAUUCCAUCCCUGCAGCUGCCGAUGCGCUCGGUCCGCCUUCUUAUUGCCUCUCUGGGCAACCCUCCCCCGUAUCAUUCAACACGGCAUUCGGCGGGACACAUCCUCUUGAAACAUCUUGCUUCACACUUACGUCUUCCGCCUCUCGCAAAAUCAAAGUUGCUUGGCUCCGGUCUUGUCAGCUCGGGCGCCGACGUCGGUCGCGAUGAAUACACUCUCUGGCAAAGCGGAAGCAUGAUGAAUGUUUCUGGGCAGGGCACGUUAAAGGCGUGGAAACAAUUUAACAAUCUGUACCCUGCAUCUGACGACACCGUGACAGCCCUGGUCGUCUUGCAUGAUGAGCUUGAAUCGUCCUCUGGCACGAUUAAGUUGCGGAGGGGGGAGUCUUCACCCAAGGGCCAUAACGGGAUCAAAUCAGUGCAGUCUUCCUUGAAAUCCGCCGGGUUGUUGCCGGCCAUGGGCGACAGGUUCAUCAAAAUCGGCAUCGGGAUCGGGCGUCCGUUAUCGAGAGAGAAAGAUGAUGUGAGUGCGUGGGUGCUCGGACAACUGACCCAUGUGGAGAAGAGCAAGAUUGAGGCGGCGGCUGAAAGCUUGGUUGCGGUGAUGCAGAGUGAGAUUCGCAGGCUGGAAACGUCAUGA